CUGGCAACAAGAAGCUAAAGAGCACGAUACAGAGAAGCACAGAGACAGGAAUGGCAGCAGAGAUGAGAAGUCGUAUGGUUCGACAGCCAAGUCGGGAAUCCACUGAUGGCAGCAUAAAUAGUUAUAGCUCCGAGGGCAACUUAAUAUUUCCUGGAGUACGGCUGGGCGCUGACAGUCAGUUUAGUGAUUUCCUCGACGGACUUGGACCUGCACAGUUAGUAGGCCGACAAACGCUAGCAACCCCUGCCAUGGGUGACAUCCAGAUUGGAAUGGUGGAUAAAAAGGGCCAGCUGGAAGUUGAAGUCAUUAGAGCCCGUGGCCUCACACAAAAACCUGGCUCCAAAUCUACCCCAGCUCCGUAUGUCAAAGUGUAUUUAUUGGAAAAUGGAACAUGUAUAGCUAAGAAGAAGACAAGAAUUGCACGGAAGACCCUCGAUCCUUUGUACCAACAGACACUGGUUUUUGAUGAAAGUCCACAGGGUAAAGUCCUUCAGGUAAUAGUUUGGGGAGACUAUGGCCGAAUGGACCACAAAUGCUUCAUGGGAGUUGCCCAGAUCCUUCUGGAGGAACUGGAUCUGUCCAGUGUGGUAAUAGGCUGGUAUAAAUUAUUUCCACCUUCAUCUCUAGUGGAUCCAACCUUGACUCCCCUGACACGCAGGGCUUCCCAGUCAUCUCUGGAAAGUUCAACUGGGCCUCCCUGCAUUAGAUCGUAGUAGCAGGUGCUGUCUAAUAAAAACAUCACCCAGGAUAACAAUUGGAACCAGAUAUUCACAUGAUCAAAAAACACUGUUGGGGAGAGACAAUCACUUCUGUUUUUGCUUGUAGUAGUUAUCCAAAAAUACAUGUUUGUCGAGAGGUGGCUUAAAUUGACAGAACAAAGGUAUACGGCCAAUUUAUUAGCAGCUAUCGCCGAUGCUUAUAAUGAUCAAAAAAAAAAAAAAAGAGAGAAAGG